AUGACUAGCGGCAGGUGCAAACGCGCGUACAAAGAACUUCGCUCACACAAAACUUGGAUACCCAGCUUAUUAGAAAACUCUAUUCCAUCAACUAAUAGAGAAAACAUCCUCAAAAUAGCAACAAAGUUCUAUGCAAAGCUCUACGACCAAAAAGACCUUAGGAAUUUCGAAGCCAUAAAGUUUUACUCUCAAAAUCAAACGAUUAUCGAUUGGACCGAAACUGAAAUAGAUAGAGAAAUAAAGAGGUUAAAAUCAGACCAGAGCCCAAGACCAGACGGUGUUCUCAACAAGGCGCUAAAGCUAGCAAGAACAGUGCUAACACCAGUGAUAACUUAUUUAUUCAAUGUUAUGAAUAAAGAGCGAGAGUUCCCGAGCAUUGGACUAAAUCAAGUAUUAUAUUACUCUAUAAGAAUGAUAGAGAUAUUGGGAAUUAUCGACCCAUCAGUUUACUACAUAGCCUUUACAAACUUUUCUCACAGUGUGUUUUAA